AUGUAUAUUUCUCUUUCAGUUGUAGCAAGUCUAAUCAUCCUACAUUUGUCUGGGGCAACCAAAAAAGGAACAGAAAAGCAAACUACUUCCGAAGGACAGAAACCAGUGCAGUGUGGAACUUGGACAAAAUAUGCAGAAGGAGGCAUCUUCACUUCUCCCAAUUACCCCAACAAGUAUCCUCCCGACAGAGAGUGUGUCUACAUUAUAGAAGCUGCCCCUAGACAAUGCAUUGAACUACAUUUUGAUGAAAAAUAUUCCAUAGAGCCUUCUUGGGAGUGUAAAUUUGACCAUAUUGAAGUACGAGACGGACCUUUUGGCUUUUCCCCAAUCAUUGGACGUUUCUGUGGACAGCAAAAUCCACCUAUGAUAAAAUCCAGUGGCAGAUUCCUGUGGAUUAAAUUUUUUGCUGAUGGUGAGCUGGAAUCUAUUGGGUUUUCUGCUCGAUAUAAUUUUACACCUGAUCCGGAUUUUAAGGACCUUGGUGUUUUGAAGCCAUUGCCAGUUUGUGAGUUUGAGAUGGGAGGACCUGAAGGAAUUGUGGAAUCUGUACAAAUUGUCAAAGAUGGAAAAGCUUCUGAAACUGAAGCAGUAGACUGUAAAUGGUACAUCCGAGCACCACCCCGAUCUAAGAUCUAUUUGCGAUUCUUGGACUAUGAGAUGCAGAAUUCCAAUGAAUGCAAGAGGAAUUUUGUAGCUGUAUAUGAUGGAAGCAGCGCCGUGGAGGAUUUGAAAGCCAAGUUUUGCAGCACUGUUGCUAAUGAUGUAAUGCUGCGGACAGGUCUCGGUGUAAUCCGCAUGUGGGCUGAUGAAGGCAGUCGAAGCAGCCGAUUCCAGAUGCUCUUCACAUCUUUCCAAGAACCCCCUUGUGAAGCCAACACAUUCUUUUGCCACAGUAAUAUGUGUAUUAAUAAUACAUUGGUCUGCAAUGGACUCCAGAAUUGUGUGUAUCCUUGGGAUGAAAACCACUGUAAAGAAAAAAGGAAAGCUAACCUAUUGGAUCAACUUACCAAUACCAGUGGGACUAUAAUUGGGGUGACUUCUUGCAUUGUGAUCAUCCUCAUUGUUAUCUCUGUUAUAGUACAGAUCAAGCAGCCUCGUAAAAAAUUUGUCCAAAGGAAAACAGACUUUGAUCAAACAGUGUUCCAGGAGGUCUUUGAGCCUCCUCAUUAUGAGUUAUGCACUCUCAGAGGGACAGGGCCUACAGCUGACCUUGCUGAUGUUGCAGAUGACUUUGAAAAUUAUCAUAAACUGCGUAGAUCAUCUUCAAAAUGCAUUCAUGACCAUCACUGUGGAUCACAAGUGUCUAGCAUUAAGGGCAGCCGUAGUAACCUCAGCACAAGAGAUGCUUCUGUCUUGACAGAAAUACAACCCCAGCCUGUAAAACCACUCAUUCAGCCCAUGAACAGGAGAAAUAUCCUUGUCAUGAAGCAUAGCUACUCACAAGAUGCUGCAGAUGCGUGUGACAUAGAUGAAAUUGAAGAAGUACCAACCACAAGUCACAGGCUGUCCAGACAUGAUAAAGCUGUUCAGCGGUUCUGCCUCAUUGGGUCUCUAAGCAAACAUGAGUCUGAGUACAACACAACUAGGGUCUAAGAGACAAACUUGAGACUGCUUGAGAAUAGUGCGCUCCUGGGUGAUUUUGAACAUGCUACAAUGAAAUGUGAAAAUAUCGUCCUUGGAAACACCAGCUAGAGGUUUUAUGGACUCUCUGACCAGCUAUUCUCAUAUCAUGACAAAAUUCAGCAGUGUUAAGUAAAAUAACUAGAAGGCAAUAAGACUUUGGUUAUUAUGCUUAUUGGUCAUUUCUCUUUUUCUUUUUGUCUCUUCUUUUCUUUGCAAGUUAAAUUCCCAAUUUCAGGAACAAUUUUUUGAAAUCAGGUAGCCAUUCAUAAUCACUUCAGUAGAAAUGUUCAUUGGAUAAGCAUCUAGCAAUAUGACUGAAUUUGACAUUGGGAAAAUAAUCUGCAUGUAUGUUACUGAAUAUUUGAGUUGGCAAAUAUCCCUUUAUUAGAUACAUUGUAAAAAAGCAUGCAUUCACGAUUAUUGCUGUUACUGUUCCAUUUCUGUGUCAUAUGCUUGCUACUUGUAACUUUUUAUAUAAAGAUACAUAAAACAAUGUAUAAUAA